AGUGGGAAAUUGGUUCAUAUAUCAAUGGCAUAUAAAGGAAUCAGCAGGAAAGGAGAGAGGCAGUGUAGUUUUGGAAAAAAUGAUAAAUCCUGGUGUAUUUUCUGCACUGAAAAGAUGCUCACUACUUGGCACAACAGCACAUCCAGUGAUAUCCGUGUCCCUUCAACUCACUACAAAAGAAUAGGAGUGUAUCUGGACUGGCCCGCCGGGAUUCUGUCCUUUUAUAGUGUUUCUGACACACACACACUCACACACUUACAUACAUAUUACACCAACUUCACUGAACCACUCUAUGCUGGAUUUAGUGUUUUUGAAGCUACGGUGUCUCUGUGUCAGUCGAGAGACUUCUGUUAGAAACAGUAAAGAUUUCAGAUCCACUACUGACUUAAAGGGAUUAUUCACCCAAAAAUGAUAAUUCUGUCACCAUUUACCCACCUUGUUGUAAGUUAACCAUGGAAGUGAAUUGGGCUCACAAAUGGUUUGAUUAUUACAAACAUUCCUUAAAAUUUCUUCCUUCGUGUUCAUCAGAACAAAGACAUUUAUACAGGUUUGUAACAACAUGAGAGUGAGGAAAUGAUGACAGAAUUUUAAUUUUUGGGUGAACUAUCCCUUUAAGGAAUUUCCCUGUGCUAUGUGUGUUGAAAAUGAUUAAUAGUGAUUAAAGAGGAAGUAAUAAUGGUAAAGUAUUAUUUAAAUAUUUAUUUAAAUAUAUGUUAAGAAAAAAUAGACACAUUUUUGUUAUAAUCUUAAUUUUAUACCAAUUUGAUACUGUUUUUUUUUUUCAUUUUAUCAUUAAAAACAACUCUUUUUUGGGUACUAUUAUGUUGCUUAUAUUUAUAAUUUUAGUAUAAUAAAUUAAGUUCUCAAGCAUGCUUUGUUAGGCUUGUGUUAUGUCUACUUGUCAUAUAAAGGUGCUUAAUUGCAUAGAAGAAUCAUUUUUGGCUAAAUGGUUCCAUAAAGAACUUUUAAAGGGAUAGUUCACCCAAAAAUGAAAAUUCUGUCAUCAUUUUCUCACUCUCAUGUUAUUACAAACCUGUAUAAAUUUCUUUAUUCUGAUGAACACGAAAGAAGAUAUUUUAAGAAAUGUUUAACCAACCGUUAAUUUUUUUGGGUUAACUAUCCCUUUAACAUCUGAAGAAACUUUAUGUUUCACAAAAGGUUCUUUGUGGCGAAAAAGGUUCAGAUUACAAGUUUGAGGGUUGUUGUUUUUUAAAAGUUUUUUUUAGAAGAGGGGCUUUUCAAACUUUUUUGUCAGCUGAACCCCCUUGACCUAAAUUAUUUACUUGAAGUAGGCCUAACCCUGAGCUUUUCAGUAAAUACUUUAACAAUUUGCAUGUUUAACUUUUAUUUCUCACCCAUUUUAAGUUUUAAUCAGUAUUUACAUAGUUAUUGUUAUUGUUACAUGUUAUUGGACCUUUAUGUGGUAAUUUUCUUUUAUUGGUACAUAAAAUGCAUCUGUCCAUUUUGCACGAGUUCUCAGUUGUAUUGUUGUCUCAGUUGUAGUGUUGUCGUGUAGGCUAACAUAACAUUUUUCGAAUAUAUAUAUAUUUGUUAUUGUUGAAUUUAUUUUUUGUUAUUAUUUAUUUAGGCUACAUUUUAUGAUUACAUAUGAAUAUAAUUAUAAUUUAUUAUUUAUUCAUCAACUCACGAAUUGAGAUUCCUGUGGUGUAACCCUGAUGAAAAAUUAAAAGCUUUCCUCAGAAUUUAUUUUGGACAUUGCUCUAUCUUCUAUGGAGGGUAUCAACUACUAUGAAAACUAAUUACAGUAAAGAGCAAUUUAGUUUACAGUAUUCAUGAAAAUGCUAGAUGUUAUUAUUGACAACACAAACCCCACAUAUUAAACAUUUUGCCAUGUUUGAAGUGUUUCUUUAACGAUGUGUUUGUUUUGUUGUUUGUAUGUUUACAUACAGACAAUAAUCGUCGCUAGCAUUCAAACUUUUAUUUCACGAUCAAUUACUGUCGAUUAGUUCGGUCUGACAGGUGGAAAUGACGAUGGCGGAAAAGUCGAUGCGAACGCGGAAGUGUGUCCAGUCUCUUCUUAUAUGGAUAAAUGAAAUGGAGAAGAAGAAAAAUCACAUAAACAUGUAAAAGAGCAUCGUCCAUCUGUGUGGUCCAGCUGAAAACAUCAUGUCCUCCACGAGUCCAUCACUGUUUUCCCCUCUGCAUCCUGCAGCAGUUAAUGAAGGCAGGGCAGCAGGUGAUCAUGGGGUUUACUCCUCAGAGAGACACGCUGGUCGUCUUCUUGCACAAAUGAACAAAAUGCGUCUUCGCUCUAAUUUCUGUGACGUGAAGCUGCUGGUGGGUGGACGGGUUUUCGGGGUCCACAAGCUGGUGCUGGCCGCCAGCGGUCCUUAUUUCACUGCCCUGUUCUCUGGAGCCAUGAGCGAAGCCCACGAGGAGGAGGUUCGAAUCGUGGGAGUGGAGGCUGAUGUCUUUGAAAUGCUGCUGGAAUUUAUUUACACUGGUUGUAUACACGUGACAGUGGACAAUGUACAGGAGGUGAUGGUGGCAGCAGACAUGCUGCAGUUGAGUGAUGUGGUGGAUGUAUGUGGAGAUUUCCUCCGUUCUCACAUGGACCCCUCCAACUGCGUGGGGGUCUAUCGGUUCCUGGAACAGAUCGGGUGUAUGGAGCUGUUACAGUUCACUGAAGAUUACAUCCACGUUCACUUUCUCGAGGUUUGCUCUUCAGAGGAGUUUUCCAGUUUGUCUAAAGAUCAGCUGGUAAAGCUGCUCCGCAGUGAGGAGCUCAGGAUUGAAGAUGAGUAUCAGGUAUUAACCGCUGGGAUGAACUGGCUGCUCCAUGACAUCCCUCACAGGAAGAAGCACAUGGUGGAGGUCCUGGAGCCCAUACGCUUCACUCUGCUGUCCCCACAGAGACUUCACAAGUACAUCGAGGGUAUUUCUGACUUCAGUUUGCGAGUCGCGUUACAAACCCUGCUGAGAGAGUACACAGAGGUCAGCAAGUCCCCGAAAGAGAGCAAACCGCUCAGCCUUUUGCAGAUGGACAAAAUUCGCCCCAGGAAAAAGGCCCGCAAGUUCCUCUAUGCCAUCGGUGGUUACACUCGUCUGCAGGGCGGCCGCUGGAGUGACAGUCGAGCUCUGAGCUGCGUGGAGCGUUUUGAUUCGUUCAGUCAGUACUGGACCACCGUCUCUUCUCUGCAUCAGGCCCGAAGUGGUCUCGGGGUGGCGGUACUGGAGGGCAUGAUCUAUGUGGUGGGGGGAGAAAAAGACUCCAUGAUAUUCGACUGUACGGAGCGCUAUGACCCAGUGACCAAGCAGUGGGCGGCAGUGGCGUCUCUGAACCACCCUCGCUGUGGGGUGGGAGUUUGUUCUUGUAAUGGAGCUCUGUAUGCACUUGGAGGCUGGAUUGGCUCAGAAAUCGGAAAGACCAUGGAGCGAUACGACCCAGAAGAUAAUAAAUGGGAGGUUAUUGGAAGCAUGGCCGUACCUCGAUAUUACUUUGGCUGCUGUGAACUGCAAGGUUUUAUCUACGUAAUUGGUGGCAUUACUGAUGAGGGCUCAGAGCUGCGUUCGGCCGAAGUCUACGACCCUAUCUCCCGGCGGUGGAGUGCCCUUCCUGUCAUGGUGACCCGACGGGCGUAUGUGGGUGUAGCUAGUCUAAAUAACUGCAUCUACGCUGUAGGAGGCUGGAAUGAAGCCCUGGGGUCUCUGGACACUGUGGAGAAAUACUGCCUGGAGGAGGAGAAGUGGGUGGAGGUGGCAUCUAUGUCGGUCCCACGCGCCGGCGUCACAGUCGUGGCUGUCAAUGGCAUGUUGUACGCGGUGGGCGGUCGAACCUCCAGUCGAGACUUUUCAGCACCUGUCACCGUGGACUCGGUGGAAAUCUACGACCCUCACCUGGACACUUGGACAGAGAUCGGUAACAUGAUCACUAGUCGAUGUGAUGGGGGCGUGGCUGUGCUCUGAUUGGCCACUUUUUACUGUUUACAUUCAACGUUACAACUCCAUCCCAGCACUUGCUGCUCAACUCGACUCUUAUAUCAGACAACACUGUGUCUAUUUGUUAUCAUUUUAACUGGGUGAAGACAGACACUUGGUAUGGAUCCAUCUGAUUGAGGAUACGCAUAUAGUAGGAGUGUAUAAAGGGGGAAAUUAACCAAAAAGGAGUAUACAGUAAUAUUUUUUUUGAACACCACUUGUGUAUUUGUAUUUGGCACCAUAAGCAAACUAAGCAUUAGUAUAACUGCUUUCUGUAAUGCUUAAAGUAAAAAAAAAACAGCCAUUAUGUCGACUCUGAUUUAGGGCUAUUACACUGCUUAGAAAGAUGUUUGUGUGCGUUUGUUUGUGUUGUUAUUAUCAUCUGCAAUGCAUUGCUCCUCAUUCUGUACUUUUUCGACUGUAUAUUGCUUAUCUAUAGUGUCAUAUUUGCCUAAUUUAAGUUAAUUUAACUUGUUUUGUAUCAUUACUCUUUGUUCUAAGUGUUUCAUAAUCUAAAAAUUGUGUCAAGCAAUUUGAUGAUUAUAAAUUAUUUUAAUAAAUUGAAAUUCUAGCAGUUGAAAUAAUACUUCUGAGAAUUGAAUCCAAUAUAACUAACAGUUGUUACCUAAAAUACCAACCAUGGACAACUUGUUUAACUCAACGGAUACAAAGUUUUAUAUUUUAAUAUAGAUUUAAUGACUGUUUGACACUUGCCUUCAACCAAAAAAUUUUAGGAGAGUCAUGCAGUUGUGACAUUAUGAUUUAAAAUGACUUAAUCUUAUAGACGGUUUCAACGGACGCACAUGCGGUGACGCAAUUACGCGUCUGGUCUGAACUUUACUUCCGGUUUCAGUUUUUUUUAAUGGUCUGACUAGUUGCUAAACUGAACUCUUGAACAAAUACCUUGUUGAAAUUAACAAUUGUUUUGGUUUCCUAUAAUCUACGUGUUGUUUAUUUUGUUUGUUAUAUAAAUAAACUACUUAAAAAGGA